CGCGGGAGGCGAGCGAGAGCUGCGGCGCGUGGGGAGGCGCGUGGGAACCGCGUGGGAGCCGCAGCCGAACCGAGCAGGCGCCGGGACCGCGCGGCGUCGCCGUCCCCGGCCGGGCCCGGCCCCGCGAGCCGAGCGCGCUCCCCCGUCGCCCACCCGGGCGCGGCUGGAUGCGGCAGGGUCCCCGCGGCGGCGACCCCCGGCCCCGAGCGCCCGGAGCGCCCAGAGGCGGCGUGCGGGGCCCGGGGACGCCGCGCCCUCCAUGCGCCGAGGCGCGCCCCGAGCCAGCCGGGGGCCUGCGCCGCAGCCGCCGCCGCCGCCCGCGCUGAGCCCCGGCCCGGCCCGCGGCCCGCGCCCGGCGGCAGCAUGAGCCAGGCCGAGCUGUCCACCUGCUCCGCGCCGCAGACCCAGCGCAUCUUCCAGGAGGCGGUGCGCAAGGGCAACACGCAGGAGCUGCAGUCGCUGCUGCAGAACAUGACCAGCUGCGAGUUCAACGUGAACUCGUUCGGGCCGGAGGGCCAGACGGCGCUGCACCAGUCGGUCAUCGACGGCAACCUGGAGCUGGUGAAGCUGCUGGUCAAGUUCGGCGCCGACAUCCGCCUGGCCAACCGCGACGGCUGGAGCGCGCUGCACAUCGCGGCGUUCGGCGGCCACCAGGACAUCGUGCUCUAUCUCAUCACCAAGGCCAAGUACGCGGCCGGCGGCCGGUGAUGCCGCCGCGACCCCGCCCCGCCCGCGCGCGUCGUCCCUGCUGCACCUUCCCGCCAACUACCUCGGUGCGCGCCGGGUCGAGGCCCCGCCGGGAGGCCGCGGCCACGGCGGAUGCGGCGCGUGCGUCCGGCCGGCCCCGGGGUCGGGCAGCCCCGCCGCCGAGCGCCUCCCCGCGGCCG